AUGCUUUGGCGGCAAAGAUACAAACCGCUCCGUCAAGGCGGCCGCCACGCUUCCCACGGCGACGCUCAGCUCGACCACGACGACGCACGGCCGGCGGAGGACGCGGCCCUAGCAAGGGCCCGGAGGACUAUAUACGUGCUCGUUUCCGUGCUGGCGCUCACCACCGUCCUCUUGGCAGUGCUGCUCGUGGCCAGACGCGGACAGCCGUGCUCCCCGGAUCCCAGCAGCUUCUUUGACCUACGAGCCGACGUGCCGGUGGCCAUAGCCCACGACGGCCGCGCCAUCGACGACGCCAUGUGGGAUUCCCCCGAGUACGACUGGUACCUGGGAUGGGUGGCGCUGCAAAACGACGAGGCCGAGUCCAAGGGCCUGCCUACAGCCAUGCGCUGGCCCUGGGACAGCUCGAGGAGCAUCUACAUCCUGCACGGCUUCCACUCGCUGCACUGCGUGUUCGUGCUGCGCGACGCCAUAAUGCAGUACCACGGCCGCAGGCCGCAGGCGUGGCCGUACGGGCACGUAACGCACUGCCUACACGUCCUCCGCGAGGACGUCGUGUGUGCCGCCGACGACACCCCUCGCUACACGGGGCGCCUGCACGCGCAGGAGAACGAGACGGUGGUCGAGUCGGGCAUAGGCCAGCUCCGCAUGUGCCGCGACUGGAACGAGCUUCGCCGGCACGCCAUGGACAACUCUGCCUGCUACUACCGUCCGCCGGAUCACUACGUCCCGCUGCUGGACCGUUACAAGAGGUGUCCGGACGGGAGUACGCCGUGGGAGAAGGGGAGGGGGGACAAGGAGCGGCAGGAGAGGACGCGGUCCAAGGGCGGCGACGUGAGCGUGUAG